UGCUACAAAAAUGUCCCAAAAAAUGAAGAAACCCACCGCAAAAUCAUCCACCGUCUCCACAACUCAACUCCCGAGCGGUGCCCAAUCCGUGUCCUCAUCCGCAUCGACGGUUUCCAGCGCAUCGGAAUCAACAACGGAAACGGCCCUCAGCCCGUCGCGACGUAGCCGACUGCAUGAAAAGAACAGUUUGAUGAACCUAAACGAUCGUCUCGCUUGCUACAUCGAGCGGGUACGCUAUCUGGAGCAGGAAAACUCGCGUCUCUCCCUCGAGCUGACCACCUUCCAGGAGACAGCAUCGCGGGAAGUGUCCGGUCUAAAGGCGAUCUACGAGCACGAGCUUGCUGAUGCCCGUAAGCUGCUGGACGAAACGGCUCGUGAUAAGGCGAAGGUCGAAAUCGAUGCCAAACGUUUUUGGGAAGAGAACGAGCAGCUCCGAACCAAGCUGAACCGGCGCACUAAAGAGCUCAGCGAGCUUGAGAAGGAAGCACGUGCGAAUGAAUCUCGCUGUAUCGAAUUGACUGCUAACUAUAAUACGAUCUCUUCCGAGCGUAAGAAGCUACAGGAUGAGCUGCGAGAGGCGGAUAAGGAAAUGGACAAGCUACGCCGCCAGUUCGAUACGAUGCGUAAAGAUUUCGAGCACGAAACGUUGGUCCGUGUCAAUCUGGAAAACAACAUCCAAAGUUUGCGGGAGGAACUUACGUUCAAGGAGCAGGUCCACAGUCAGGAGUUGAGCGAAAGCAAGCUACGUCGACAGAGUGAAAUUAGUGAGAUCGAUGGAUUCCUGAUGGAACAGUACGAGACGAAGUUGCAGCACACUCUGCAAGAGUUGCGCGACCAGUAUGAACAGCAGUUGCGAUUGAAUCGAGAAGAAUUGGCCGAUUUGUUCGAAGGACGCAUACAGGCACUGGAGAACCGUCUCACACACGAACGUUCCCGGCACGAUGAGGAGAAGGCUAAGCUGGAGCUCGAGCUCGAUCGAAUGCGGAACGAGAUGGCGGUACAGCUGAAAGACUAUCAAGACUUGAUGGACAUCAAGAUUUCGCUCGAUAUGGAAAUAGCCGCUUACGAUAAGCUUCUCUCGUCGGAAGAAACGCGCCUCAACCUGACGCCCAAUGUGACCAGCUCGAGUUCGGCGGUUGGUUCCGCGGCAUUCACGUCCAGCUCGCGCCUAUUUCGCACACCUUCCCUCAAGCGUAAACGCAACAAUCUGGAUGAAUCGAUCGACUAUUCUGUGGUAGCUUCCGCCAAAGGUGACAUCGAGGUAACGGAGUGUGAUCCCGAAGGUCGGUUCGUACGUAUCGCAAACAAGUCCAAGCAAGAGUACAAACUGGACGGCUGGCAACUGAUCCGACGGCCUACGGAUGCAGCUGAAGUUGUCUAUCGCUUCCCAAAAUCGGCCAAAAUCGAAGGCAACGGUAUGGUAACCGUAUGGGCCACGGUUGCCAAUCGGAAACCAGACCCACCGACCGAUCUGGUGAUGAAGAGCGCUCUCUGGACGGUAACGGAUGCGAUGACGACCGUCCUUCUGAACGGAGACGGUGAAGAGAUGGCACAGGUCGAACGGCACCGCAUGAUGAAGCCACCGAAGGACAAAUACUUCCACGAGGAAAGUGGUGGACGGUUGGGUGUAUAUUCGUCGUCCACCUCUACUGGAUUUUCUCGUUCCCCACCGUCGGUUUCGUCCGACCAGGUGGCGAACAAAGCAGAUGAACAAUGUAGCAUCAUGUAA